UGAUUGACAGCAAGUGUUGAUUAUUGGUGCCAAAUACAUUUGUGGAACGUGGAGAAGUGGUGUUUCUUUUUAUGUUAAACUUGUUUCUUUAAUAGCACCGACUGAUAAAAUAACUAACUGGAGUGCCGGCUAUUUUUACCCAUAAUAAUGUAUAAUUGGGAAUUUUUCAACUCCGAGUGAGAGGUCUUUAACAAGUCAUAACGAGUCCUUGUUAAGUUUUUAAAAAAUAGAAGUAAAGAUACCUGAAAAAGCGUUUUCGAUCAAGUUAAUUAUACAUAGAAAUCAGCUAUUAUAUCCUGAAGGAAUCACGAUACUCGUUAACAUGAAAAUAUGUUGCCAAAGAGUAUCGGAAUUUUAUGUUAAAAAUAAAUAAUACAAUAGAAAUAAUAAUACACUAUGGGUGAAGAAUGCCCAAACUGCCGACAGCUUACAAAUGCAUCUUUCUCAAGGCUUGUCAAAGACACUUGUGGCCAUACAAAAUGUCGCAUGUGCUUGCUUUACGAGGAACAAGGCUGUAAAGCUUGCCAGGAGGAGCAUCGCAUUCGUACCAUUGGUAACUUCGACUAUCCGCCAUCAAAAGAUCAAGAAAUUGAAAAUAUGAUGUCUUUGGAUGUUAAGCCUUCCCUUAUUAAUGAAGAAAUUAUACUUCCGAUGGAGGUUGUAAUUAAUAGAACUUCAUCCCAGUUCGAAUUUGUCAGUGACAAUCUUAAUGCAGAUAAAGAUUGCACUAAUAGAUUAAUUUCUAACAAUGACAAAAUAGGUAAUCGGGAACAAAGGGAAAAUCUUAACAACAUUGACCCCGACAGUGCUACGUCGAGAUUGCACAUUCCAAAGAUAGAACCUCUGGAAUUGGUUUCCAAUAUUAGGACACAUUUGGAAAAAACCAGUGAAGACAAAGAAAGUAUUCAGAAAGCUGGUGACUCUAAUAAAAUGAAAUCAACUUGUACCGAAGAUGAAAAGGGAAUAAAAAAUAAAGUGUCAAGAAAAUGUCCUGAUCGAAGCCAUAUCUUAACAGUGCCAGGAAUUCCAGAGAGAUAUAAAUGUAACGUAUGCGGUAAAAUAUUCAGAAACAAGAAAGGCAAGUGUUACCAUGAUGCCUGUGUUACUGGAGUAAGACCAUACCAUUGCAAAGUUUGUGACAAAAGUUUUGUUAAGCGAUCUCACUUUGAGUAUCACGAAAGAGUGCAUACAGGUUAUAAGCCGCACAAGUGUACUAUUUGUGAUAAAGCUUUCCCUCAAAGAAACAAACUUAACAGACAUAUGUACUCACAUAAUAAAAAUAAAGAUUUUACAUGCCCUAAAUGCGGAAAAGGUUACAGAAGACGGGAAGAUUUAAAAUAUCAUAUAAAUGCACACGCAGGAAUAGCCCCAUACACAUGUAAAGUGUGUAAUAAAUCUUUUAGAAUGUUGACCAACCUUAGACGUCAUAUGCGCACCCAUUCAAGCGAGAGGCCCUACUCAUGUGAACAGUGCAGUAAAAGUUUUAAAGACAAAUGUUUACUUGUCCGACAUAAACGCACCCAUGGAAAAGAACGUCCAUUUUCCUGUGCGCAUUGUAUUCGCGUGUUUUUAUCAAAAAGCGAAUUAAGAAGACAUCUAACCGUUCAUUCAGAUGAGAAACCAUUUUCCUGUCAGUUUUGUCGUACAGUUUUUAGACGAAAAGACAAUUUAAAUCGCCACAUACGACAUCAUCAUUCUGAAGAUUCGGUGUAUGAAAUAGAGAAGACACAUGAUAAGUCGCAGGAAAAAGAUACUAAACCCUCGAAAGCAAAGACAAUUGAAAACUUGAGACAGAAACAGAAAUCGAGAAAAUUAAAGAGAACUUCUAUCUUGUUAUCAAAAAGUCCACCUAAAGCUUCGAUAAUUCAUACAAACUCAUCCGAUCAGAUAAAUUCUCGACUGGAUCCUAUGGGUAAUAUAACUCCUGUUAUAAGAGCUACUGGUGAACUGAGCAACGCAGUGCCAGUCAUCAAUGGCCCAAUCAGCAUUAAAAAGCCACUGGAAACAACGAACACACCAAAAAAGACAUUCACACAUACCGAGCCGAUUCCACUUGCAGAAGCUGUGGUUAUAAACAGAAGAAUCGAAGAGAAGCUUUAUCCACAAAAUUCUUCCAAUCACAAUUAUUUUUUCCGAAAUUGUUCUAACCAGAAUGAGAGGCAACUUCCAAUUCAUAAACUUUCUCUGGUACGAUCAAAUUUAUUUAACAAACACGUCGCAAAUAAAUUUAUAGUUCCAGAAAAAUUUACAGUUAAUAGUGAAUUAGCCCCAACUCAUACAGAUAGACAACUAUCAAAUGAAGGAACGCGAAAUACAAAGGAGAUAAUGAGGAGUCAAGAGCAUAGUAAGCCACAACAUUUUAUUCUGAAAAGGCGAGCUAUUGGUGAUUUUGAAAACAAAAGUAUUGACAUUGAUAAUACUGACCAGAGAAUUCUGUCUCAUAAGAAUAUGCAAUUAAGUACAGUUAUUGACUCAGAACGCACAAACUGUAUUUCUACGAUCAAAAGGCAUACAGUGUAUUCAUCCGAUCAGAAAAAUUGUGAUGAACAUAAAAAGCACAAUGGUAUCGAUGGAAUUCCUCAUGUUUUGUCUAUAAAAAAAGUGAGUGAAGUACACAGUAUCAAAAAGCGUAGUGAUCUCCAUUGGAGGAGACGAACAGCUGAGAUACUAAAACCCUGUAUCGAUUAACUAUAAAUACAGUCUGAAAGUGAAUGUCUUUAAAAAAAAUCAUUGAACAGAAAAUAUGUAAAUAAAUGGGCACAUCUUCCAAGUGCUUUUGUGAUACGGUUACUUAAUAUUUAUUAUUUUACAAUCUUACUGCGACUGAUAUUUUUUUAGCAACUUUUAUGACACCAAUCAAAUAUAUUCAUGGUCUAAUUGUUAGAAAUGUAAAUAAAUGAAAGUCAGAACUGUGUUCGAAAAACUAAGGUUUACUUGUAUAAUUUUAUUGUAAUACUGUCAUACACACUAUAUCGUAUUUAUCAAUUGUACAAAUUUAUUUAAAAAUUGUUUCCUAGAAACAGUGGAUAUUGUAUCAUAGCUUUGUAAAUAAAAAUGAUAUUUGAUUACCAAUUCAUUGAAA